AUGGGCACCGCGGAAUUUCUUCCGGUUAUCCCAAAUUGGCUGAGCGUUCGAGGCUGUAAGCAACUUAGAAUACUUACGACUGUUUCUGUCCCUCUCUGGACCGCUAAUAUGAGUGAAAAACCGUCGUCUGAUACUGCCAGUGACAGCGAUUUCGAUGAACAGGAUCUCACUGCCGAUGAAGAUGACGAUGAUAGCAUUGCAGCAGAUGAAGAUGCAGCUGAUGAGGAAGAAAUCAAUAGUUUGGUCAAAGAGAGCGAAAUGUCUCUAGAAGAGUUAUUGGCUUCCUACGGGGUAUCCGCAUCAGAAAUGGCUGCUCGGUCAGCUGCGGCACAAGCAUCUUCGUCAUCAACCACUCGGUCAAGUCGUCUGCGAUCAGCUCGCCAGACUAAACCUUCCCCUCCUCACGCUCCUUCACUUGCUCAACAAGAGGAGGAACUCAAAGUUGUCACAGACAUCGUACCCAACAAACGGAUCCGUCGUUCAACCAAUCCCAGUUCACCAUCUGUUCCCCUGUCUGUUGAUCAGGAAUCCCAUUAUUCUGUCCCACUCAGUCCUAGACUCUCUCCAGGCCAACACCUGAAUGAGGACGCCAAAACGCAUUCCACAGCACACGACCAUCCGAAUACUUCUUCGGAGUCUGCCGCGGAUCUGGACCCUACAACUGGUUCUCUCUCGCAGCCCGAACAGCCUCCGUCCGGCCUGUCCAACCCAGCUGGUCGCAAAAGGCACCUAGCCAGCAGUUUAACACUGAUGCCGGACGAACAGAACGAACACGAAAUCGGUCACACUUCCAGAACGGUACAAAAUGAAGACGUUUCCAUGGUCACAAGGGUGGACCGUCCACUUUCUCAACCCCAUACUGAUCCUGACUCAGAAGAAGAGGAGGUAGGCCGUGCGGCCGACAGUACUUCGUUGAGAGAUGAGGGGGACGGCAGAAGCAGAGACAGUGACCAUGAUGAGACAUUUUCCUUGAGAUUUUGGAAGAAGGCAAUCGGAGCCGGAGAAUCUCCUCCCUCCUAUAACUCGGAGGAAGACGAAGAUUAUGCUCCGAGUGUGGAGAGCGGUCCAGAUUGGAGAGGAGAAAUUCGUGUUGGUGAUGAAUAUCAAGCCUGUGUGGCUCCUUCCUUAUCGAAUUCAUCUGCUGAUCCCACAUCCGACUUGUGGGAUACGCGCCGGUUCGAGAAUGAAUCCAGUCGCCUUUGGCAGCCGGACAAACUUCCCGAGGCGGAUGUUAUACAUUUUGAACAACUGUUCGCUCAGACGGCUAUGUGUCCCGUGCCGAACGAUCGAACGGUCGACGACGAAGAAGCCCUGUUUCUCUUGAUGCGGUGCAACUAUGAUCCAGAUGAAGCCCUGCAGCGACUUCGGUUUCGAACAGUGGCUCCUUCAGAAAUCCCCGGAUACAUGGACACUUGGUCCGAAGCAGACUCAGCCGCCUUUGAAAAAGGAUUCGCACUUUAUAACAAGGACUUUCGUCAAAUCCGCGAUACCCGACUUCGGCACAAGACAGUGGGCGAACUUGUUCACUACUACUAUUUGUGGAAAAAGACAGCUCGUCACGACGAAUUCGCUCGGGUCUAUCGUCGGGACAAACGAAAAUCCCCACAUCCCAGCAUAACUGAUUUUAUGGACUAUCUGGUACUGGAGCAAGAGGCCUCAGCAGAAUCGUAUCCUUAUACAAUGAAUAGUGAUCAGUUCCGUGUCAAUAACCAUCAUCACCAGCAUCAUCAUCAUCGCCACCACCAACACCAUCAUAUCGGUAUCUGUUCUGUGCAUAAGACAGCUCCGUCUGCGGCGACCUCCGACUGCGAAGGACACGGACGAACCGCUCCGGAAAAACUACAAACUACUGAUUCCUCAUGGCCCGCGACGGAUUCGGGUUGUCUUCCAAACGGUCCGGAUAAGAACUUCGGGACACAUAAGUUCGAGGGGAAACUGAAGACCACAGUGUACAAGAAGCCAAUCGACACUGGGGCAGUUUUGAACUACUCGUCUGCCCAUCCGAAGUCGGUAUUCACCAGUAUUGCCUCAUCAAUGUUUAGCCGCGUAAGGGACUCAGAGGCCUCAACUUGA